AUGUCGUACUAUACCGGAAACCGAACAGGAGAUGUUCCAGGAAACUUGCCGGCACCGUACUACUGGUGGGAAGCAGGCGCCAUGUUUGGCGAGAUGAUCGAGUACUGGUACUACACUGGUGACACGACAUACAACGAUGAAGUCAAGCAGGCUCUACUGCACCAAGUUGGAGACGAUAAGGACUACAUGCCCAGAAAUCAGUCCAAGUCAUUAGUAUGUAUCUCCAAGAACAUCGGUGCAUCACGUUGUGACAUUCUGACUGACAUGAUGAACAGNGGUAAUGAUGACCAAGUCUUUUGGGCAUUCAGUGCCAUGACAGCAGCCGAACUCAAAUUCGAGGAUCCAGGAGAUGGUCAGCCAUCGUGGCUGGCACUUGCACAAGCCGUGUUCAACGAGCAGGCAUCAAGAUGGGACGAUGGGACCUGCGGUGGAGGAUUGCGCUGGCAGAUCUUCACCUUCAAUGCUGGGUACGACUACAAGAAUGCCGUCUCCAACGGUGGCUUCUUCCAGCUGGCUGCACGCCUGGCACGUUACACGCAGAACCAAACAUAUGUCGACUGGGCAGAGAAGACGUGGGACUGGUAUGCCGGAACACCCCUGCUUGAGACGCAGAACUGGCAGAUCAACGACGGAUCCAGUACGCAGAAAAAUUGCUCGGAUGCCAGUCAGCUGCAGUGGACAUACAACUAUGGUGUUUUCAUUGCUGGAAACGCAUACCUCUACAAUUACGUGAGUUGUCUCGUACGAUAUGCAAGAAGCUAUACUAACAGACAAUCANNGACUGGUGAUGCAAAAUAUAUGGACCGCCUCGAUGGUCUUCUCAACGCCACACUAGCUCGAUUCUUCCCUCAGAAUAUGGGAGGCGUCAUGGUUGAAGUUACCUGUGAGCCACUAGGAAAUUGCAACAACGACCAACCGGCAUUCAAAGCAUUCCUUACUCGAUGGCUUGCAGUGACAGCACAACUGGUGCCCGAACUUUAUGAGCGCAUCUUCACAUACUUGCGCAAGUCGGCUGCGGGCGCGGCAGGACAGUGUUCAGGAGGCGCACUAGGGAGACACUGCGGUCGUGAGUGGAACUCAACAACAUGGGAUGGAGUUUCAGGAGUAGGUGAACAAAUGUCUGCUCUUGCAGUCAUCCAAGCGAUGAUGAUGGAUACGACGGAUCUAGCUGCGCCAGUGGGAGCUACGACUGGAGGCACAAGCAAGGGCAAUCCGAGUGCAGGUACAGGGACCAGCGGCACAACGGGUAGCAAUGGUAUGCCUGCUGUGAACACGGACAAGAUCACGACUGGUGAUAAGGCUGGAGCAGGUAUUCUCACAGCAUUGGCACUGCUAGGCACGAUAAUUACCGGAGGAAGUUUGGUUCUGGAAUGA